AUGAAGAGAAUGAGCAGUGCAGGUUCUUGUUCUUCAAUGAGAAGGCGUUCAUUGAGCAUAUCAAGCCAUCAGAUAGAUAAUGAUGCUGAGUGUGAAAGUGUUUCAGAGGCUGGAGACAUUGGGGAUCGAGCUCUUCCAAGUAGAAGGUUCAGUGAGAGUAGCAGUUUACGCUUGUCUUUUGAUAACACUUCAGAAAAUGGAGCUGUUGUUUCCAUUCCAGAGGAGCACAGGUUGCAACCAUACCCUUCCUUCUCCAAUCCUAACUCCUCUGUUAGGCCUCUUCCUACCGAUACAAUUGUGGGUUCUGAAGAUUCAAAGCAAGAACCUCGUAAAGGCUUGCCAGAGUUGCUGGACUAUAUUUCAUGUAUGCUUCAUUUAGCUGUUUUUGGAAUUCUUGGGGUCUUAACAAGAUAUUUACUUCAAAAGUUAUUUGGCCCUGGGGUUGCCGGCGUGACAAGCGACCAAACUAUUCUUUACCUUGACCUUCCUUCUAAUAUGAUUGGUUCAUUUUUAAUGGGAUGGUUUGGAGUUGUGUUCAAAGGAGACAUAUCUCAUGUGUCAGAGCAUCUAGCCAUAGCAAUUACAACUGGUUACUUAGGGAGCCUCACAACCUUCAGUGGUUGGAAUCAAAAAAUGCUUGAACUCAGUGUUUUCGGCCACUGGCUCUUCUCUGCACUUGGCUUUCUUUUAGGCUUAUUUCUUGUUGCCUUUUCCAUCAUAUUUGGGAUUGAAACUGCCAAGGGUUUCAGGUGGCUCCUGAACAGGCUGAACAUGAGUUCAGGAAAUGGUUGCUCUAAGAUCAACUUCAAAGUAGACAGCUUCCGCCGUCAGUUGAUAGUUAUGGUGAUGUUCUUGUUUAUAUUGGGCAUACUAUGGGGUGUCAGUGGAGCAUUAGUAAAGGAUGAGUUCAAACAUGGUGGCAGUGCUGCUCAGUUAUGGUUUGCAUGCAUGGUUGGACCUAUCGGUGUGUGGAUUAGAUGGUUCUUAGCGCGGCUCAAUGGACAUGGGAUAGGAACUGCAGGAUUGCUUAAAUGGAUUCCAUUUGGGACUCUAAUUGCCAACGUAUCAGCUGCUUGUGUUAUGGCUGCACUUGCUAGUGUGAAGAAUGCAGUGAACACCAGGAAUUGUGAUACUGUUGUAGCAGGAAUACAGUUUGGUAUGAUGGGGUGUCUGAGUACUGUCUCUACUUUCGCUGCUGAGUAUAAUGCAAUGAGAGAAAGCAAUCAUCCUUGGAGAGCGUAUGCCUAUGCUAUUAUUACAUUAUGUGUCUCAUUCUCUUUUGGGAUCUUAAUAUACUGCAUCCCUGUUUGGACAAAGGGGUUUGAUAUUGACACGUAGCAAUCGGGCAAGGCAAUCUUGUUUUGGCACUAUAUGUGGUCGAACCAUCGAAUUUUCAUGACAACCUCAGUCAUGAUUUUAUAGAUAACGAAUUUGCUUAAGGAGAAGGGUACUCCUCAGUUCAGAGAAACUGAUUUUUAUAGGGUGUGAAGCGAGGUUUUAAGCUGUCAGGUCUCUGAUAAAUAUUGACGAGAUCACAACAAUUUUGUUAAUAUAGAUGCCAUGUCUUGAUGUAGAAAAAAUGAAAAAAGGGUGCUGGUUGUACUUAUGCAUUUGACAUUGAAAGGAUGUUAUGGCUUAUGAGUCCAAGGUUACAGUUUCUGCCUACUUUCACCAAAGCCUCAUUACAGAAGUUAGAAGCUGCGCCUGCUGCUAUUCAUUUGAGGAUCUUUUAUUCCUAUAUAAUAUUAUUUGAGAUUAAAAAAAAUAAGCAAAAAAAGUUAUGGAAACCUGCCAAAUGGAUAUAUGAUUACAAACUUGCCAACCAUGCUGAGUUGGAGUUACAGGCUUUGCUUGAUGUCCAAUAAGUGUACUUGUAAUAAAUUAAUAGAACAAGAUUUCUUUGUGUUCCUUUACCUGCAUAAUAGGUCAAGUGAACCCUGUUCUAUUGUUUUCUAUAUGCAUGGAUU